AUGAGAUUGAGCAUCCGCCCAGAAAUCACCCGGGUCGGGAACGUGCAGCUACGCGAGAUGUCUUCUGUCUCGGAACUGGACGCAGGCGGUCAAGACACAUCGGGUGAUGGCACGGCUAACACCUCUGUCGAUCAGGAGAACAUUGUCAUCACUCCAGAUUCAAUCGAAAGCAUCGAGCGCAAUCUAGCAAUCGUAGUUCCCCGCAUGGAUGAAGAUAUCACAGUUCUCGAAGGCCUUCUUCGUGGUAUUCCACAUCAUUGUUCUGUCAUCUUCAUCUCGAACAGCAACCAGACAAAUUAUAAGGCGGAGUGCGAGUCGCUGCUCAAAUUCGGAAGGGUUGCAAGUCGAUCUGUUAUGGUACAUCAUCAAGGUGAGUCAACCUUCGCCCGCGCCUUCAAGGAAGCCGGAAUGCCAGAGCUGUUGCAACACUCAGGAACAAGUACGCCCGAGGGGAGAACCCAUGUUCCACGCAUGAACAACGGAAAAGGAGAGGCUAUGAUACUCGGUGUGAUCAUCACGAAGCUUGUUGGACGUAAGUUCGUCGGUUUCAUUGAUGCAGACAACCAGAUUCCCGGAUCCGUCCUCGAGUACUGUAAAGUAUACGCCGCUGGGUUGCAUUACGCAUUGUAUCACAACAAGCGUACCAAACAAGAUGAGCAUGCGAUGGUGCGUAUCAAAUGGAAGUCGAAGCCAAAAGUUAGGAACGGUGAGCUCGAGUUUGACGAGUUUGGACGCUCCUCGCGUGUCGUGAACGAAUGGAUGAACCGCCUUCUGGAAGUCCUCGGAGGUGACGCUACCCCGAGAACCAUGAUCGGAACCGGUAACGCCGGCGAACACGCUAUGGAUGUUGAGCUGGCCCUGAAGCUACGAUUCGCUACCGGUUAUGCUGUCGAGCCAUUCCAGCUGAUCGACUUAUCGAAACAUGCAAUCCACAUGUUCACAGCGCUAACCGACUACAUGAUCAUAUCCCGCGCAUGCAAGCUCAAGGUCUGA